AUGGCUGCCGUUAUCUAUCAAGAUUUUGGUUUAUUAAUGGUUUCGCUGCCUAACGGAUGGGCCCCCUUAAAAUUUGGCAUUUUCAUUAGAGAUGCUAUCUUUUAUAAUGGAUUUCUGUACGCGGUGAGUUUCAAAGGGACGAUAAAGUUUUGGGACAUAAAUCGACAGCCUCCAGUACUCUUGGAAGUAAUCAAGCCCAAGUACCAGGACCCUGUGACAGAGGUGCGCCCGCGGUGGUUUUUAGUCAGUUGUGCAGGAGAACUGAUGGUGGUGUGGAGGAGGAAUUGGAGUGACCAAGAACGUCCUCAACUAUUUAAAAUCUUUAAAUUAGAGAUGGAAGAAAAUUUUAUGCCCCUUUCAGAAGGAAGAAGAGGAAGAUCGGCUCGCUGGAUACAAAUUCACCAGUUGGGGGAUUAUAGUCUAUUUCUAGGAGUGAAUGAAUCACGAGCUCUGUCAUGCCAAGAGUUUCCAACUCUGAAGAAGAACUCUAUAUAUUUUACUAAUGAUCCACAGGAUGUGAUGGACAGAGAGCUUAGAAUGGAGGUGGGAGUCUACGAUAUAGAGGAGGAGGAAGAGACCACUGUCAUCCCUGCAACGCUACUGGAUGAUGACUUCGAAGAAGACUUCAAAUGGCCUAUUUGGUUCUUCCCCUCCUACCCAUGA